AUGUUCAUCCCCCAGAGUCCCCCCUCCUCGUUCCGGGUCCCGGAACGAUCAUCGCACGGUCUUCAUCGCAGUCACAAUCGCCUUUUCGUCAAUCGCAGUUGGUUCAGGUCUCAGCAUGUAGCUCCCCGGUGUUUGGUCCAUGUCAACGAUACUUUUGUGCCGUCUCGGAGCAUCCGCUCACCCCAAGAACAUACUUCGUCCGUUUAUACAUCUUUCACAGCAACAUGGGAACGACACUAUACUGCAUCAACGGCUCGUCCGAGCGUCGGAUCCACCGCUCGGCAUCUGCACCAAGAUCGACAGGUCAUCGAUGGUCUGAUCAACCUUUUCGGAGGCCAACGUCGUCGCAGUUGCAUGGUCGUCAUCGGUGCUGGAGGCACCCAACGGAGGCCAGGAGGCCUCCGUUCCAGCGCGCAUCACAUCCAUUGGGCCACGUGGGCGCACGUGGCAGAGGGCGAUUCCGAGACGUACCCAUCCAGGUCCAGGCAAGCAGGUCGAGGUCCGCCAGCAGGUCAUCCUUGGCAUCCAACAUCACACCUUCUUGAAGUCAUUUCGAACCAGAACCAGGCACCCGAACAUCAACCAGCAGGAAAAUCCACAUCGUCAACGUCAAGUGCACCAUGGGUAGGUGCAACCAUUCAUCAACAUCAUCACCGAAGAGGUCAUCGCAGAAGGCUUCAGCAACAGAAUCGAAGAAGAACCAUCCAGAUCAAGCAAUUUCCGGAGUUUGCCCGUGUUUGUCGAGAGUAUUUCCCGAAUGGCAAAAGGAAAUUGUACUUGGAAUGUUCCAAUUCGAUCCACGUGCUUGGCGGCAGCAGCAAAAGAUUCAAUUACGGAAACAGCGAAAUUCUUCCACCCACUUCGCAGAAUCUGAAUGUCAACGUGCCGGAAAAUGCAGCUCCUCCAGGGCCAGGUGGAGAAAUUCGUAGUUUUGGGGGGUCUCAAGAAGCGGGAAAGGGUUCGAGCCCGGAAACCACCACCUCGAAUGCCAUUUUACGGAUGGAGCUCGAGCUGCGAGAUAAGCACGCCAUUCGAAGGCCGGCGCCAAAACCCGGCGGAAGAAUCGGAGGUCCGGGACUGCAGCCGGGGGCGAAAAAUCCAUUUGUUCCACCCGGCAAGGGAAUAAAACAGCAAAAUGAUCAUCAGACGAGCUACGUUCCGCUGGAAAAGGUACUUGAUGAGUUGCUGAAAAAGCUCGAAAUCGAGCACGUGCUCUGGCAGCCGGAUCGCGGGGGCCACUUCCUGCAGGUCCUUUUUCCGCUCGCUUCCGGUGAUCCCUGCGAGACGACGCUCCACUGCUUGACCGAACUCGGAAUAGGCGUCCGGGCGAACUCAACCGUCAGUGUGGUUCCAUGCAGUGUCAGCUAUGAUGGAUCCGGUAACGACGAUGAGGAUAACGAAUUCAGCGCCGAGGACGGAGCUCCGGAGGAAAACUCCAAAUGGAACAAUUUCGUCGACUCGAUCCGGUCCAAGCUGACGGUGAAGCAGGUGGUCGAUGGCGUACGUGCCGGGGGAUCUCUAUCGUUCGAUUAUCUGCUGCUUAUCGUUACGGCCGAUUCCCUGGCGGCUCUCGGUUUGGUGGAGAACAACGCACCGAACAUUGUGGCGGCCAUGUUAGUAUCGCCAUUGAUGGGACCGGUCAUGUCCAUCACAUUUGGGGCCAUCAUCGCAGACCGGGAGCUUGUGAAAGUCGGCUUCAUCUCGCUGGGCCUCGGAAUGUUCAUCUCAAUUUUGUUUGGAUUCAUCUUCGGGCUGAUUCUCGGAACAACGGAAAUGCCCUGGGGCUUUGGAGAUUUUCCCACCGAGGAGAUGAAAGGCCGUGGCAACGCCCGGUCCCUCUGGAUGGGAAUUCUGUGGGCCCUCACGUCCGGAAGUGGAGUGGCAGUAGCGCUGCUGCAAGGAUCGGCGGGACCAUUAAUUGGGGUGGCUAUUUCCGCCUCGCUGCUUCCACCGGUUGUCAAUUGUGGUUUAUUCUGGGCGUUGGCCUGCAUCUGGCUGAUCUACGAAGACGUCAAAAUUCCACACCUGAAGGGAGAACCAUUCCGGGGCAAUUCCAGCUACCAGUUCCUUUACACCAACUACAUUCCGACCGAAUUCUUCAUUAGCGGAAUCGUUUCCGGACUUCUGACUAUCAUAAAUGUCAUUUGCAUCUUUGUGACGGCAAUAGUGGUGCUCAAAAUUAAGGAAGUUGCUGCUCCCUACACUUCCAGUCCGGAUUUGCGACGAUUCUGGGAAACCGACAUUCGCACCGCCCGAACGGCUAACAGGACCACAAUCCGUAGAAGGCAGGAAGGAGGAUCCAUGGCAGGAAGCCGGGCCGCCGAAGCCGACAUGAUGGCUACCUAUGCCGAGCUUGAAAACGAUCCGAAGGCUCGCAAUCUGGAAUCUGCCCUGGAGCAAGCCCUCAAGGAAGCCGUCGACGAUGACACUUAUCGGACGGUCAAACGGAUGAGCUACUCGAGCAAUGCGGCAAGCGAGAUUGCCGACCGCCUCUUCGGUUCCAGUUCCGGUUCAGCUGCCAGUAGUGCCCAUCAAUCGAUUCCCCCGUCGGCAUCUGCCAUCAGAAAUUCCAAGAACACGGCUGAUCUAAAGUUGCUGGAAAAGCUGGUGACAUCGUUGCUCGAUGCUCAGAAUGCACCUGGGUCUGGAUCCGGUUCCGGUGCAGGAGGACGUAGCAGCGGCUCAAUGAUGCGGCGACUGCGACCCAUGUCCAGAUCGUUCCGGUUGCCCAGUUCCAUUAGGAGACACAACAACAACAACAACCAAAGUAACGUCGAUGGAACCGGGAAUGUUGGGCUGGAAGAGCGAGGCAGAACGAUGCCAACCAUCCGGGAAUCCGCUGGCAGUGGUCAGAGAGUCAACUCCUGGGGAAGUCGGAGCCAGAGUGGAAACGUUCGUCGGAUUCUGGAUUCCAUCACCAAUGCACCGCAAAGGUUUAGCCAAUCAUUGGCCGGUCGUGGUCAGGAAGACGAGGACGAGGAGAGCAGCAACUUGACACAGAACAUUUUAUGAGCCAAUAACUAUAGUGAGCUUCACCAUUAAAGAGCACCUGAAGUAGAUGCUUAAAAAGAUGUUAGCCAUUAGGGGAAGCAACAGGAAUAGAUUCGUGGCAAUUCAAUGGCUUUAGAUGGUUUGGAUAUGCACUUAAUUUUUUUUUUUGCAAAAAGCUUCAAAUAUUUCAAUG